AUGUACCCCCUCCCCGCUGGAAACUGUGGACGGAUCAGGUCUCCAUACAUCUAUUUAUUCCCAUCUUCUAUAUUUCAUAAUCAAUUUAUCCUACUUCUAUUUAUUCACCUCCUUUUUUUAUCUCCUCCUUUAUUUAUCAUCUUCCUCUAUUUAUAUUCCUCCUCUAUUUAUACCCCUCUUAAAUUUAUCCCCAUCUUCUAUUUAUUCCCAUCGUCUAUUUAUCCUCUCCUCAAUUCAUCCCAUCCUCUAUUUAUUCCCCCUGUAUUUAUCCCCUCAUCUAUCUAUCUAUCUAUCUAUCUAUCUAUCUAUCUAUCUAUCUAUCUAUCUAUCUAUUUAGCUAUUUAUCCUAUCUAUUUCCUCCACUAUUUAUUUUUACUUCCAUUUAUUCUUCUAUUUAUUCAGCUCCUCUAUUUAUUCCCCUCCUGUAUUUAUCCCUCCUCAACCUCAAUUUAUUCUUCCUGUAUUUAUUCCCUCCUCUAUUUAUUCCCCGUCAAUUUAUCUCUCAUCUAUUUAUCCCGCCUCUAUUUAUUCAUCUCCUCUAUUUAUUACCCUCCUGUAUUUAUCACCCUCCUCAAUUUAUUCCCCUCUAUUUAUUCUCUCCCUCUAUUUAUUUCCCUCCUCUAUUUACUCCCGGAUACAAUUUAUAUCGCCACUAUUUAUUCCCCCUCAAUUAUCCAUCACUUAUCCUCUAUUUAUCCCUCCUCUAACUUAUCCGGCCUCAUCCCCUCCUCUAUUUAUUACCCCUCCUGUAUUUAUCACCCUCCAAUUCAAUUUCUAUUCAUUCCCACCUCUAUUUAUUCUCUCCCCAUCCUCUAUUUAAUUUCCCCUACUCUAUUUAUUCCCCCUCCUUCAUUUAUGCCUUUUCCAUUUAUCCCCUCCUGUAUUUAUCCCUAUUUUAUCCCCCUCCUCAAUUUAUCCACUCAUUCCCUCCUUCAUUAUCCUUCCAUUUAUCCCCCCUCCUGUAUUUAUCCCUAUCCUCUUUUAUCCCCUCCUCAACUUAUCCACCUCUAUUUUUCCCCUUCAUUUAUGCCUCUUCCAUUUAUCCCCUCCUGUUUAUCCCUAUCUAUUUAUCCGUCCCUAUCUCAAUUCAACCCUCUUCUAUUCAUUCUCCACCUCUAUUUAUCCUACUACUGUUUUUAUCCCCAUCCUCUAUUUAUCCGUCCUCCUUUAUGCCUUUCUUAUUUAUCCCCCCUGUAUUUAUCCCUAUUUAUUUAUCCCUCCUUCAUUUAUCCCUUCUUCCAUUUAUUCCCCCCUCCUUUAUGUAUUUAUCCCCCUCCUGUAUUUAUCCCUCCUCUAUUUAUCCGUCUCCCUCAAUUUAUCCACCUACUCUAUUUAUUCCCUCCUUCAUUUAUGCCUUCUUCCAUUUAUCCCCCUCCUGUAUUUAUCCCUAUCCUCUAUUUAUCCCUCUCCUCAAUUUAUCCACCUACUCUAUUUAUUCCCCUCCUUCAUUUAUGCCUUCUUCCAUUUAUCCCCCUCCUGUAUUUAUCCCUAUCCUCUAUUUAUCCGUCUCCUCAAUUUAUCCACCUACUCUAUUUAUUCCCCUCCUUCAUUUAUGCCUUCUUCCAUUUAUCCCCCUCCUGUAUUUAUCCCUAUCCUCUAUUUAUCCGUCUCCUCAAUUUAUCCACCUAUUUAUUCCCUCCUUCAUUAUUCCUUCUUUUUAUCAUUUAUCCCUCUUCCAUUUAUCCGUCUCCUCAAUUUAUCCACCUCUCUAUUUAUUCCCUUCAUUUAUGCCUUCUUCCAUUUAUCCCCUCCUGUAUUUAUCCUUCCUCUAUUUAUCCGUCUCUUCAAUUUAUCCACCUCUAUUUAUUCCCCUCCUUCAUUUAUGUCUUCUUCCAUUUAUCCCCCUCCUGUAUUUAUCCCUAUCCUCUAUUUAUCCGUCUCCUCAAUUUAUCCACCUACUCUAUUUAUUCCCCUCCUUCAUUUAUGCCUUCUUCAAUUUAUCCCCCUCCUGUAUUUAUCCCUAUCCUCUAUUUAUCCCUCUCCUCAUUUUAUCCACAUACUCUAUUCCCCUCUUUCAUUUAUGCCUUCUUUAAUUUAUCCCCCUCCUAUCACUUGUUCUUUCUCUUGCAAUAUUCUUCAACCUGCGUCUCGUUGGCAGAAUAA